UCCUCAUUCUAAGUCUAAAGGAAAAAGGCUGGAGGAGCUUAUCAAGUUCAUAGACCAAUAAUCAUCACAUAUGUGACUCAUAGGUAAUUCAUCACUGAAUCAACAAGGAACUAAACCUUCUCAGGACCCAACUGCUCUGCUUCUUGGACGCUGUAUGCAAACCGAAGAUAAGUGAGCCGAAGCUGAACCAAUCCAAGCCGGUCAAAGCACGUUGAUUUAGCAGCAAAAUGUCUCUGCUUGCAAGAGUUGUUCACAAGAGGAGGGCGACUAUCACCGAUCUGCCGCUGUACUACUCUGGACACCUGCUGAAGAAACUCACCAAAGAGAAGGAUUUCAAGGAGUACUACGGGGAGCUCCGAGGAGCCACGCUCUUUCUGUACAAAGAUGACACACAAGAGACGUACGCAGAGAAGGUGGACCUGGAGAAGCUAAAGUCCAUAGAGCUGGAUUCUCCGUACAGGAAAACACCAACCAUCUUCACUCUCAAAUUACACACGGAAGACAUGCAGCUUAAGAUAGACAACUGUGACACAGAAGAAGAGUGGAGAGGUUACAUCUUGACCAUCGUCAAAAAAGAGGUCCCCAGCAACAUGCAGCUGCUGCCGGGCCAGAUGUUGCUGCUGCAGAGUGCUCUGGAUCAGGAGAGGAGAAGAACCCCCCCGAAGGUGUGUCCACGCCUCCCACCGCGACCACCCUUCCUCCUCCCGCCCCCCCGAGCAACCACAGCAGCUGAAGACAAGCUCGACUGCGGCUCCCCCGAGCUGCCCACGUGUUUCUUCAGCGUGACCCGGCUGGAGGCUGAGAAAAUGUUGGAGGAAAACCCAGAGUGCGGAAGCAUUAUCCUCCGCCCGUCCACCCUCACCAACAACUACGCCCUCACCCUCAGACAACCGAUGCCCAGUGGGCCAGUCAUGAGGAACUUUAGAGUGACCUCCACCGACUCUGGGUUUGUCAUUGAACUGGACACGCCGGUGCUGGUCUCCUCCUUGAAUGAGGUACUUGAGUACUUCAUUAAAAAGACGGAGUACCGUCUUCACCCCUUCCUGGCAUGUCAGCCCUACGACACUUGCAUCGAUCCUUCAGGUGCUCCAAAGUAUAUCAGCAUAACCCCACCUGUAGCUAAAAUAAUACCCAAAGCACAAGUGGCACCGAUGCUGCGCUCACAGACAAGAGAAGAGCUUCCGCCACUUCCACCUCCUAAACAAGAGGAUGAAUAUGUUCUUCCUGAGGAUCAGUGUCCUGAUGUUCACAACCUAAACCUGGUUCGGUUGGACGGAGAGCUUCGGGAUGUUUUAAAGUUACGGAAGGAAAACGUAUACAAUGAAACUGAUAUGUGGAACACCCCAACAAAGAACAACCACUGGAAGAAGUCGGGCACAGCAGAGUGGAGCGCAGACAGUGCAGCAGACUGAGGCUUUACUGUGUGCUGUUCGAUCAGGACUCUGACAGCAAUACCAUUGACAAAGUUUGUCAAAAUGAAUUCAAAUCAAAAAAUAAAAAGUUCAUCCAUCUCUGAACGUAGGGGUAGUAGAGUGCAGAUCAGGUUGGUCCUUCAACGACCAACUGUCAUAAAGUGAUUGAAUGAAUUCAUUGCUUACUUUUAGUAAAUAAUCAAAUCAUUUAUAAAUAAUACAAAUUUAAAAAUAAAACUAACAAGACAUGGAUCACCUUCUGAAUCUGGACCCCAAAGCUGUUUAAGUUUAAGACCCCUUCCAUUUGAAUGCAUUGUUUUAGGCAUGCCAUUAUUAACAUUAUUAUUAAUUAUUAUUAACAGCUUCCCUCCCCCCUGAAAAAGUCUGGAAUCAUUUUAUUGAUUGUACCGUUUAUGAUAUGAAAGAAUAAUCCAAAUGUACUACACAUUCUCAUAAUGUAGUGUUCACUUUCAAAAGCACCAAAUACAAAUCCAGGAUGAUCAUUAUUCUUUAUUUUUUCUCACACAGGUGUAAGCCAACAUAAAUGUUUAAAAUGUUAUCAUAUUUCUUUUAUAAGUUGUUCCAUUGAGAUUGUAUUUUCUUGUUUUUUCUAAUUAUCAUGAAACAUAUAUAAGAUUUAAGUGUAAGGGUCAUUCGUCACUCAAAGACACCAAGACUGUGAAAAAUAUUCAAUAAAAAAGAAAAA